GAAAAUUCCAAUCUUCGAACAAAAUUAACUUUAAUGAAAGCAGAAAAAGAAAAGCAACAAUCGGAGGCAGCAUCUCAACAGACUCUUCAACGGGCUAACCAGUCUGGGCCUAGAAACACGCUUAUGAAUGUUUUUCGUGCAAAUCAACUUUCAAAUCGAAUGGAUACUAGCUUACAUAAUUCUUCGUCUUUCUGUUCAACUUCAUCAGCUAUUCGUCGAAAUAAUUCUUUUUCGUUUGGAAAUACCCAACACCAACAACAGUCUAAUAUUUUGCGAAAUAAUCAAUCUUUCACGAAUGGUGGACAAAAUAUGCAGUCUGCUCCACGUGUCCACUUUGCCGAUGAUCCUAUUAAUUUAUUUCCUGCUUCGUCUAAUCGCUCAAUGUCUUCUACUACUAGCGAAGAAACUUCUUUAAAUAAACGUUUUGAAUUACCCUCUGAAAUGAUUUAUACAGCGUAUCAAAUGACAGAACGUGGAAAAGAACAUACAUUUAGUGAUGGAAAUAAUCAAAUUAUUGUUGUUGAACUUUCAGGAUGUGAUCAGCCUUUAUAUUGUAGAUAUUGCCUUUUAUAUGAAUAUUCAUCAAAAUUAACCGGGGAAAAUGAAAAUAAUUUGGUGGAUGCUAAUUCAAUUGAUUUUCGUUGGAUAAGCGUUUCAACGUUGCCAAUAUUUAAUUCUAAUGAAAACAAACACAAAAUUGAAAUCAAUUUUUUUCAAAAAAACAAUUUUUAUCAAAUAAUAACACCAUUAGGAAAUGUUAUUAAAUUCUUUCUUUCUGGCCAAUUAGAAGUUUACUGGAAAUGUGGUGAUAAAACAAUAGUACGUCCAGAUGGCGAAAGACAUGAAUUUUUUAAUCCAGAAAAACCUGAUUAUUAUAUGGAAAUUUAUCUUCCAAAUGGAACCGCUUUUCGAUUAAAAGCUUCAACUCAAUGGGAAAGAGAAGAGUUUGUUCCUAAUACGUCUGCAAUGUCUCUUCGUUCAGAUGGGUCUCAUUCUAUCUUAUACAAUCAGGUAUUUCAACCUCAGGAAAUGUCAAGUUUACAAAUAGAUGCUCCAGAUUUUAAGCUCCGUCGGUUUGAUUUAACAAAAGCAGUUAAGAUGGUAAUACCAGAAGUGUCAUCUUUUAAUGGUGCUAGUUUACAUGUUUGGUUUUGCGUUGACAAAGUCGUUAUGGUUAAACACAAUCGAAGUUGUAAUUUGAAUAAUUCUGAAAAUGGUGUCCGUGAACGAAAGAAAUAUGGUAAUUUUUUAAAUAAAAAAUGA